AUGACCAGCCUCGCUCCUCGUUGGGUCUUCCGGUGUUUCCGAGCUCUCGAACGACUUGGCGACAGAGUCACAGGCGCUGCGGGACCGUUCUUCAUUGCCUUUGCCAUCGCGCUAUUAUCUGUCGGCCUUGUGUGCUUUUUUGAAAUAAUACAACCAACACUCUCUUAUCCCUGGAUAACGACGCCUAUAUGUACGCUUAUAGCACUGAACCUGGUCGCACACUACUUCUAUGUGUGCACCGUACCGCCCGGAUUCGUUGACGAGCCGCAGAGAGCUCCGGGCUCGGGGAUACUUUGGGCGAAGAGGAAAAGAAGAGGUGGUCAUAGAGCACUGACUGAUGGUGGACUGAACAACGUCGGAGUGAGAUGGAGCGAUGAGGUCAACAUUACGAGAGCGAGCACAACCAAAUGCAGGCGAUGCGGAGCAAUCAGACCCGAGAGGGCACACCAUUGUCGAAUAUGCAAUCGCUGCGUCUUGAAAUAUGACCACCACUGUCCAGCAGGGGUCAACCAAUGCAUUGGCUUGCAUAAUGAACGACACUUCGUCAUGUUCCUUGCGUACUUGGCCAUAUCGACGAUAUGUUUCGUUGUUCUCGGGUAUCAGAAAAUGUGGCAAGCUGUAGGAUACGUGGACGAGGCAGGAUGGCCGCAUCGAACACCAGACGUGCUUUAUAUGAUGAUAUAUAUUCUGUCGGUGGUGCUAGGACUCGCCGUCGGCAUCAUGUUCGGCUGGCAUCUCUGGUGUGGCGUAGCGGCUGCCGAGACUAGCGUCGAAGCACAAGACCAUGAAAUGUAUCGCAAGGUGGCGAAAGAACGUGGAGAAACGUUCGUAAACUCUUUUGAUCUUGGUAAACGCAAGAACCUCGAGCUGUUCUUCAACAUCGGCCCGGAGGGAUACCCGUUGUACACCCUCUUCUUCCCGCUGCGCAUCAUGCCCUACACAGACGGCUUUCGAUGGGCGAGGAAGAAGGGCUACGAGCGGCAUGGUAGCCUUCGCGAAGGCGAAGAGCUCACGGACGAGGACGACUUGGAAUGA